CUUUACCUAUCCUCUUACAAGAAGCCCGAGGCCCUGUGGAUUGAACAAUUGCAUGACAAGAAGCUGCUAUUGCUUUCGAUAAAAUAUACCCCGCCAGCAUUAUUUCCCCGCAACCCCCUUAGAAAUGGCCAAACGGUCCAGAUCUACGUCUAUCGAUCCGCCAUCAGAAUGUCGGUCAAGAUCCUCCUCUCCAGACUAUAUAUCAUCCACGCCAGCUUCAUCCAAAAUACAUCUCUCAAAUACCCCUUCCGACUCCCCUGCUGAAGAAGCCAUGCGUUGCUCUCUCCCGCCUCACAGAGAAACUCUGUCUUUCCCCUCAUACGAAGAUUACGAGGUGCACUAUCAUCAAGCCCACGUCAACAGAUGCACCGAGUGCGGGAGGAACUUCCCCACGGAUCUCUUUUUGAAUUUACAUAUUGAGGAGAAUCAUGAUUCCCUGAUCGCUGCAAGGAGAGCCCGGGGGGACAAAACUUACGGAUGCUUCGUCGAAAACUGCGAGCGAAAAUGUUCUACCCCCCAAAAACGCCGAAUGCAUCUUAUUGACAAACAUAUGUUUCCCAGGACAUAUAACUUCUACAUCGUCAACGACGGCAUAGACAAGCAAACAUCAAUGCUCCGGUCAAUGCAGAACCAUCGCCGGCGCUUAUCUAGUACACCAACAUCGCCAAAAGAAGGCCGGUUACGGCACCGGCAGACAUCCAUCUCACACGCAGGCCCUGCUCCCAAUUCAAAUCCGGUUUCUUCUGUACUCGAAUCCAGGUCGGACGAGACGGAGAUAAUGGAACUCGAGAAAUCCAUGUCCGCGCUGCGGUUCGUUCCGGCCAGCGUUACGAAUGCGCAGUCGCGGCAAACCGCACGAAGGAAUCAACCGCGCGGCGCGCUUCGACAAGCAGAUACAGCACCUGGAAGUCAUGAUUGAGGAGUUUCCGAACAAGAAAAAAGAGCGAUUCGAAGUCCUUAUUUGCCAAGUGCCCGCUGGCGCUGGGGAUACGGACAGAUUAUGAUGGGGCUGUGUUCUUCUAGAUGGCAACCAGUCAAGUGCUCAGGCUUAAAGGAAGCAGUCUCGACCCACUGCUGGGUGGACUAGAGCGUUGCCAGCCAUGAUGUUCUGUGCCGGGUAUGAAGGAGUUGUAGUCCAUCUCACCUUCGAGGAUGGCACCGUUGCUAAAGGUGAGGGAGCUACCUAAGAGAGAUUCAGUUGCUCUAGUCAAUGUAGAGGACAUUGUGAACAAGGAGAGUACGAGGUGGGAUUGGGAUUAACAGGUGAAGAGAGGUCGCUGAGGCAGAGUACUACGAGCAGUCAGUUUUGAAUGUGACGGAAAACCCACGCAGAUAUUCAUUUGAGACUCAUAAUAAAGAGUAAUAAAGAGAUACAAGAAAAGUCAUUCCU